UUGCUAAUACAGAACUGAAAACUCAUCAAGCCACCAUAACUGCCAUUUCCCUUCUUCUCGAGUUGGGAAAUCCCAAACAAACAUGGUGUCACAACUUGUGUUGUUAGGUGGGAUCCUCUUGGCCUCAGCUUGGCUUCUUCUUUUCAUGAGAAGGAUCAAGUCGAAGCCGACGCCGACGCUGAGCCUUCCUCCGAGCCCGCCGGCUUUGCCUUUGGUCGGCCACCUCCACCUCCUCAAGCCUCUGGUUCACCAAGCCUUGCACGAGCUUCAGAUCAAAUAUGGUCCUCUCAUGCACCUUCGGCUCGGCUCAACCAACAUGGUCGUAGCCAGCACUCCUGAACUCGCCAAAGAGCUUCUCAAAACCAACGAGCUCGCUUACUGUGCUCGUCCAAUGAGCAUUGCCAUCAAUCUCGUGACCUACGAUAAUGCUGCUUUUGCCUUCGCUCCUUACAAUACGUACUGGAGAUUCAUCAAGAAGUUGAGUAACACGGAGCUCUUGGGAGCCCGAACCAUCCGGCAGUUUUGUCCGGGUCGGGCCAGCGAGAUCCACCGGUUCAUUAAGGAUCUCAUGGAUAAAUCCAUGACCGGAGAGAGCGUGAACCUCACCCAAGAACUCAUGAAGCUCUCCGGCAACGUCAUCUCACGGAUGAUGCUGAGCAUCCAGAGCACCGGCACCGACAGACAGGCCGAGGAGGCUCGGAAUCUGGCUCGGGAGGUGACGCAGAUCUUCGGAGAGUUUAACGUCGCCGAUUUUAUUAAAAUCUGCAAAACCUUAGAUGUUCAAGGAUUUAGAAAGAGAGCCGUGGACUUGCACAAGAGAUUCGAUGCUUUCUUGGAGAGGAUCAUCUCCGCUCGCGAGGAGUCUCGAAAGCAACAAAAAGCUUCUGUGAAGGCAGAGGACGGCCCUGAUCAAGAUGGAGAAGAGAAAGUGAGGGACUUUCUCGACAUCUUGCUCGACGUCGCCGAAGAUGAGAGUUCCGAGGUUUCUUUGACUAGGAACCAUGUGAAGGCGUUAAUUUUGGAUUUCUUCACGGCAGGAACAGACACAACAGCGACAGCAGUGGAAUGGACAGUUUCGGAGCUGAUAAAAAACCCAAGAGUUCUGAAGAAAGCACAGGAAGAAGUAGACAGAGUGACUGAACAAAAGAGAUUAAUAAACGAAUCAGAUAUCCCAAACCUUCCAUACAUUAACGCAAUAGUAAAAGAAAUCAUGAGGCUUCAUCCUCCAGUCGCAAUGAUCAACAGACAAGGAACACAAGACUGUGUUGUGAGUGGUUACUUGAUUCCCAAGGGAACGUUCUUGUUCGUCAACGUUUGGGCCAUGGGAAGAGAUCCCAAGAUCUGGCAAUCUCCGUUAGAGUUCGCUCCUGAGAGGUUUUUGGAGGGAAAACAGAGUGGCUUGGAUGUCAAAGGCCAUCACUAUGAGUUAUUGCCUUUUGGCUCCGGCAGGAGGGGCUGCCCCGGUCAGCCUCUUGCCAUGCGGGAGCUGCCCGUCGUCAUCGGAGCUCUCAUUCAGUGCUUCACGUGGAAGCCGCUCGAUUCCGAUGGCAAGAUCAUCGCCGAUGGCAAGACUAUUAAUAUGGAUGAACGGCCAGGAUUGACGGCUCCAAGAGCCAAUGAUCUAUUAUGUAUUCCUGUCGCACGAUUCAACCCUUUUGAUGGUUUCCUUCAAGUCUAAGUCAGCGAUCCUGCCGUACGUGUGGUCUUAGGGUGUGCUUCGCAGCUUCUUUUAUCAUUUCUUUCUGGUUUUUCUUUUUUCAAUAUUUAAUAAGCCAAUUUAAUUUAUUGACUGGAAGGUUUGUGCUAGGAGAUAUCUUUUGUUUUAUUAAUAAUGUUCAUGGAGUUUGUGUGUUGUAAAAGAGAUGCUAUUGUGUAGUCAGCGUUUUCUGUGUAUGUAAUUUUUUUUUUGUUUGGCCAA